GCAAGGUGGAUUGGCACCGCACGCAAUAGCUAUCACCGCAACGAAAGGGGAAUUGACAGAGGAUUUCGGUCGCUGGCUAGCUGAAAUAAGAAGCACUUACUGUUCCCGGGAACACUACCAUGGAAAGGUUCAGCUGAGCCGACAUGCUCACUCAAGCAUAAAUCGGACUCAAUCGACUCUGCGACGCCUGGCGCUUUGAUCUUGUCAGUCCGUUUGACGUUCAAGGCCACAUCUUCUCACCAAGAUGUCACGGCUUUUCCAGCCUCUGGCACUUGGCAUGACGAGAUUAGACCAUCGCGUAGCAAUGGCGCCAUUGACCCGGUAUCGCAUGGACGAUGACUGGAAUGCGACAGCUUUGAGCAAAGAGUAUUAUGAGCAGCGAGCGUGUGUCCCUGGCACUCUCAUUGUCAGCGAGGCUACGAUCAUCUCCAGGAGUGCCGCAGGCUGCCACAACGCGCCUGGCAUCUGGUCAGAUUCUCAGAUCGCGGCUUGGAGAGAAGUUACGGCAGCAGUUCACGCAAAAGGUUGUGUCAUCUACUGCCAGCUUUGGCACCAAGGCCGAGCCGCUCAUCCGGGGGUCUUGGAGUCUCAAGGGUUCAGACCGCUGUCUUCCAGUGUCAUUCCCAUCAGCCCACAGGGCCAAGCACCAGAUGCCAUGACAGAAGAGGAGAUCCUACAAGUCAUCGCUGACUACGCAACGGCAGCGAAAAACGCAAUUGCUGCAGGCUUCGACGGUGUCGAGAUUCACGGCGCCAACGGCUACCUCCCUGACCAGUUCCUACAGACCACAUGCAACAAGCGCGUGGACAGUUGGGGCGGGAGUCUAGAAAACCGAGCACGGUUCCAUGUGGAAGUGACCAAGGCAGUACUCGCUGCUGUUGGCGCCAACAGAACGGCGAUGCGCCUUAGCCCUUACAGUGACUUCAACGGCAUGCUCAUGGACGAGCCGGAACCGACGUUCGAGUACCUCCUAGCUCAACUGAAGCUUCUCGGUCUCGCAUAUCUUCAUUUGAUUGAAGCACGGAUAAAAGGCAACGAUGACGCUAAUUGCGGCGGCCAGAAGAACGUGUCUUGGAUGGUGAAGCGGUGGGAUAACGCAAGCCCAGUCGUAUUGGCUGGAGGUUUCAAACCUCUAUCUGCGAGACAAACGGUCGACGACAUAUACAAAAAGUACGACGUCAUUGUCGCAUUCGGUCGAUACUUUGUGGCCAACCCAGAUCUUGUGUUUCGUGUCAGAGAAGGGGUGCCGCUGACUGGAUAUGAUCGUUCGGUGUUCUACACUCCAAAGUUGUCGAAGGGGUACGUUGACUAUCCUUACUGUCAGCAGUACCUGCAAGCAGCAGCAUAAACAUGAAUCCUACUAAGUUUAACUCG